AUGUCGGCCGAAGCAGACGUCAAGCUCAAUGACUUCAAGGGUCUGUUCUCCCUCGAGGGCAAGGUAGCCGUGGUCACUGGAGGUUCAAGAGGUCUAGGACUACACGCAGCGUCUGGGUAUGUUCCUGCUGUCCGGCUUCUCGCUCAAGCCGGAUGCUCCAAGAUAUUCAUCACCUCGCGCAAGGCCAAAGCGUGCGAGGAAGCCGUCGCGGCACUCAAUGCCCUUCCCGGUAAUUGCAAAGCCUUCUCUGUUCCCGCCGACAUUGCGAAGCCUGGUGAGGUCGAGAGACUGGUGAAAGAGGUCGAGAAGCAUACGGACAAGGUCGACAUUCUGUUCGCCAACGCAGGAGCGACGUGGGGAGCAGCAUUCGACGAGCACCCGGAAGAUGGCUUCCAGAAGGUCAUGGAUUUGAACGUGAAGAGUGUGUUCGUUUGCUCGCAGAAGUUCGCUCCUCUCCUUCGCAAAGCUAGCAAGCCCGACUCACCCUCCCGAAUCAUCAUCACCGCUUCGAUCGCAGGAAUUGGUGUCGGCACGCUCGGCAAGCAGGCCACCUUCGGCUACAGUGCCUCGAAGGCCGCAGCACUCCAUCUCGGCCGUAACCUCGCCCUCGAACUGGGUCCUCAGGGUAUCUUGGUCAACAACAUUGCUCCAGGCUUCUUCCCUACGAAGAUGGCAAACGGCUUGAUGGAAAUGAGCGGUGGUGUGGAAAAGUUGGCUGCGGCAAGCCCAAACAAGAGACUGGGAACACCAGAGGAUAUCGCUGCUGGUGUUGUAUAUUUGUGCAGUCGUGCUGGCAGCCACAUCAAUGGAGGCACAUUGGUGCUGGAUGGUGGAAGUGUGUUGCAGGCGAAGCUGUAA